GAAAUAUGUGAAGAGAAAUACCAUCCACUCACAGUAUUCCAAACCAGCCACCACCAACACAUCUUUAUAAGCUUCAUUACAGCUUGUAUAUUCCGGCGACAAACACACAUAUAUAUAUAUAAAGCUAAAACAAAGCUUACCGCCGUUAUAUCCAACGUCUCGUUCGCAUUGAUCGCCAUCUUCAACAUCACCGUCACCGUCAUCUCAUUAUCAUUCAAUUCUGGAAACAUCGUCUACCAUCCACUGGCACAUUGGUUCUAAAUUAAAUUUGUAUUAUUACAAUUUUCUUCAUCUUUGCUCAGCAAAAAAAACCCUAUCAGCUUAAAUAUUCUUUCAUGCCGUUCAAGAUUACGCAGAGCACUCGGAGAUGUUACAAGAAAAUUGGGCUGGCGCAAGUGUCACAUUAUUCGGGACAGUGGCGAUGCAGUGUAUGCGACGUGCAAUUCGGCAGUGAGGGCGAUGUGAGGGCGCAUUUUGCUUCUGAACACCUGUUUGCGCCACUCGACGACUUUAAUUGAAUUGUCGCGGAUCAAGCAAAACACACACGCACACAAAAUUCUGCAUCCACUGCAUCGACUCAUCAUUGGCAUCUAUUGCAUUUUCAUUUUCAUUUAUCUUUAGCAUUUAUUUUAUAUUUAUUCAAAUAUGAACAAUUAUCUCUU